CUGUUGGAGCUGGAGCUGCUGUUGGUGGAGUCACGACAAGUUUAACGUUCAGCGGAGGUUGAGAGGAGGCGAUGACCCAGCUGGAGCUAAUUGAAACGUCCUCUCCGAUGAGACGUGGAUACUAAACGUGUUAGUUAGCUCACCUGCUCUCAGCUAGUGGAGGAACCGUUAGCUCCUUAGUUAGCCGCUAAGCUAACUAGCAUCGCCCGAGUGAAGGGAGCGUUUCGCGGCGUGUGAAGCUGCUUUAUCUGGGUGUGAUCUCUGGAGGGAGUCGUUACCACCGGUUCCAGCUGCUUUGUUGUGCCUCACCUCGUCUCAUUGUCGGCGGAGACUACUCACCUCUAAGCUAGCACCGCCUGCAGCUAGCUAGCUAACACCACUGCUUGUUUUGGGUCUGUCUGAGAGGUGGAUGCUGGAUCUCUGGUUCCAGCUUCUGGACUCCAACUGGGUCGAAUCAUCCUAACUGUACUUUCAUGUCGUAUCAGCCUGCAGCUAGUAGUCCCUCCAGAAGAACCAGAACCAGACGCGGAGCAUGCAGGAGGAGAAAAGGCUCCAGGUCCAGUAGAUAGUCGGUUAAAGGUGUGACUUGUGUUAAUCUACUGCCAUAAACAGACUUUUUGGUGGCUGACUGGAAGAGAAAGUUCUGUAAAGGAUGAAGAAGUUCUCCAGGAUGCCAAGGUCUGAGAGCGGAGGACUCGGAGGGCUGUCCGGGUCCGGGUCCAGCUCCGGAGUCAGCAGCUACUUCGGCAAAGUGUUCGCAAUCGGCCGGUACCAGGUCACCGUGGAGGAGCUCAUCGCAGAAGGAGGCUUCUCGGUGGUGUUUCUGGCCCGUACGCACAGCGGCGUCCGCUGCGCUCUCAAAAGGAUGUACGUCAACAACGUCCCGGACCUGAAUGUCUACAAGAGAGAGAUCACUAUCAUGAAGGAGCUGUCGGGCCAUAAGAACAUCGUCGGCUACCUGGACUCCACAAUCAACGCGGUGUCGGACAGCGUCUGGGAGGUCCUGAUCCUCAUGGAAUACUGUAAAGCGGGUCAGGUGGUGAAGCAGAUGAACCAGCGGUUGAACGUUGGCUUCACUGAGGCCGAGGUCCUCCACAUCUUCUGUGACAGCUGCGAGGCCGUGGCCCGCCUGCACCAAUGCAAGACGCCCGUCAUCCACAGAGACCUCAAGGUUGAAAACAUCCUGCUGAACGACCAGGGAAACUAUGUGCUGUGUGACUUCGGCAGCUCCACUCACAAGAUUUUGCUGCCACAUAAAGACGGAGUGACCGCCGUGGAGGACGAGAUUAAGAAGUACACGACCCUUUCAUAUCGGGCGCCGGAGAUGAUUAACUUGUACGCAGGGAAACCCAUCACCACUAAGGCUGAUAUCUGGGCACUUGGAUGCUUGUUGUACAAGCUGUGUUUCUUCGCACUUCCAUUUGGGGAGAGUCAAGUUGCCAUAUGUGACGGAACCUUUAUCGUUCCAGAUAACUCCAAAUUCUCCUUCAAGUUGCACUGUUUAAUCAGAUAUAUGCUCGAACCCGAGCUGGAGAUGAGACCAGACAUUUACCAAGUGUCCUACUUUGCCUUCAACUUAGCUGGAAAAGACUGUCCAGUGCCAAAUCUCUUUAACUCUCCCAUCCCUACGUCGCUUCCAGAGCCUCUCACUGCUAGUGAGGUCGCUGCUAGGAAAAGCAUGACGAAAGCCAGGAUAACGGACGCUGUGGGCCCGACGGAAACAUCCAUAGCUCCCAGACAGAGGCCAAAAGCGGCAAACAGUAACGUCCUGCCGCUCGCCAACACUGUCACCCCCGUCAAGAUGACCGUGCCUUCAGCACCCGUCAGCAACGGCCAGAAAGCUCCCACCCCGGGCUCUGGGCAGCCAUCCAUGCAGCCCCAGCCCAGCAGUCAGCAGCACCGAGUCCUGCAGCAGCUCCAGCCCGGUGACCUGCGUCUACAGCAGCUACAACAACAACAACAACAACAACAUCACCACCACCAACAACAACAACAACAACAACAACAAGCAGUGCAGCAACAGCAUGCACAUGCACAGCAACUCCAAUACCUCCAGUACCAACAGGCUGUGCAGCAGUCCAUCCAGCUGCAGCAGCAUCAGCAGGCCCUCCUCCAGCAGCAGCAGAUGAUGAUGCAGCAGCCCAUGUACCAGCAGCAGCUUGCUCAGGCUCAGGCCCAGGCUCAGGCUCACUACGCAGCCAUGCUGCACCAGUACCAACAGGCUUUUGUCCAUCAGCAGCAGCAGCAGCAGCAGCAACAGCAGCAGCAGCAGCAACAUCAUCAGCAUCAUCAACAUCAACAACAACAACAACAACAACAACAUCAGCAGCAGCAGCAGCAGCUUCACCAUCCCGCUCAGCAGCCUCUCCCCUAUAUGUCCCCUCUUGAGUUCCAGAUCCCGCUGGGUAACUAUAACGCCACCACUCCCACAGCUGGCACUUCAGCUGGAGCUGGGCAGGUGCGGGGACCAUCACCUGUGGAUCCGUCAUACACUAACCCCAGUAGAAACCCUCUGCUUGCGUCAGACGGGAUCACGCCGCCCUCUCAGAGCUGCAACAGCACAGUCAGUCACCCCCCCGACAUGUCGCGCUGGAACCCGUUUGGAGAGGACAACUUCUCCAAGCUGACCGAGGAGGAGCUGAUCGACCGGGAGUUUGACAUGCUCAGAGCAGAUAAACCAGUGGAGAGAACAGCCAGCAUGGAUACGGACCGACCGCAGCCCGCCGCCUCCACCGCCAAUCCCCUGCCACCAGAGGACCUGUUCGGCUGCGUCCCGUUCGUGGCCAGCGCAGGUACCGAUGAGGUAAAGACGGAGCAGACCGAUGAGGAAGUCAGCGUUCCUGUCCUCGUCUCAACCACUCCAGAGGCUCUGCAGCCGGCGGCGACGACGGCCAAGGAGCACAAACCGGGCAAAAAGAGCAACUGCAGACCAGGUGAAGAGUCCGACAGUGACUUUGAGUCUGACCCACCUUCGCCAAAAAGCAGCGAGGACGAAGAGGCGGAGGAGGAAGAAGGCCUGAACAGCGAGCACGGUGAAGACACAGAGCCGGAGAAUCUAGGACAGAGGCCUCUGCUGAUGGACUCUGAAGAAGAGGGAGAGGAGGAUGAAGACAAGCACAGCUCUGACUCGGACUACGACCCCAGCAGGGUGAAGACCCGCUCGAGGAAAGCCGGUAAAGCGGCGUCGGCCGCCGCCAGGAGGAGUCCUCAAGGGGAUUCUGCCAUGGCUCUGAUCACCCCUCCCGAGUCGCCCAGCGGAGCGAGAGCUGCUUCAGAUGAGGAUUCGGUGGAUGUUUUUGGUGCUGUCCCCUUCCUCGGAGGAACCUCGCCCGUCGGGCCGUCACAGAGCUCGGACAUCUUUGCCAAAGCGCCUUUCAGGCAAGUCAGCUACGAGCAGCGAGCUACGGAUGAGUUCGAUGUUUUUACCAAAGCGCCGUUCAGCCGCAACCUCUCCAAGCCGGGCCAAACGCCGCCCGUUUCCCCCGAGGGCAUUGACAUUUUCGGCUUCUCUCCCUUCCAGCCGGGCCCCACCGAGCCGCCGCCCACCACCUCCAGAAGCGCAGAGGACAUCUUCCGCCCGUCUUUCGAGGAGUCGGCCAGCCCUCAGCAGCAGAGGCUGAAGCAGCGCAGCCUCCAGAAGCUGUCGUCACGCCAGAGGAAAACCAAGCAGGAGGCCACAGCGGGCGGCAGCAACGGCAAACGCCACCACGGUACGCCGACUGGGAACCGCAAGACCAACAAGCCGACUUACCGCACACCCGAGCGAGUCCGCAGACACAAGAAGGUCGGCCGGAGAGACUCGCAGAGCAGCAAUGAGUUCCUCAGCACGUCUGACUCGAAGGAGAACAUCAGCGUUGACAUCACCAUGGCUGAAGGGAAAGACAAAGGAGCUUCUCUGCCGGGCGACGACGCCGUUUUAGACCCGUUUGGAGCCAAACCUUUCCAACCUCAGGACGGCAGCCGGCACGGCCAGUAUCAAGGACUCGCCGACAGCAAGAGCGACAUGGGCACAGCCAACGGCAAGUCCUGGACGGGCUCCCUUCACAGCGCUCUCGGAGGCGGCAGCAUGGAUGAUUUCGGGGCGGUGCCCUUCACAGAGAUGGUCGACGGUGAACCUCAGCAGCAGCAGCAGCAGCAGCAGCAGCAGCAGCAGCCGCCGCCGCCCUCGCAGCCGCUGGACCUCGACCCGUUCGGAGCUGCACCUUUUCCCACCAAGCAGUGACUUUUCUUGCAGUCCUCCCACAAAUAACCCCUCUUUCUUGGGCUUGGGAACGACCAUCGACACCCUAACGCUUCUUUUUUAACAUUUUAAUACAGUUUGAAUAACAAGAAUCCUGUGGAGUGAGCGACAUAUCUUUCAGCUGUACCUGUUUGCUGAGAAGCCUUUUUAUGCUGCAUCUUAACGUAAAGACGUUUGAACCGGAUCGGAGAAAAAAACCCACUCGAGAAUCGUACUGUGAUUAUUAGAAGUUCGACCGCUUGACUCGCUGCAAAAAAAAGCUCUUUCUGGCUUCGCCUUCUGAUCUACCAGUAUGUUGUUUUUAGCACCACAAAGCCUUACCUGAGCUGGGCGCUCCGCCUUGCUGCACAGUACCUCGAAAAACCACGACACAGUCGGCACACGUCGUGUCGGCGGAAUCGUUCGGGAGUUGACCUUAACCACUUUGUUUUAUCCUUAUUAGAUCUCUCUCUAUGCAUAAUUUCACCGUAGUCUUUACUGUGAUUUGUGUUGCGUUACACUUUGAAUACUAGAAGGGAUCACAUUUUAUUGUCCUUAAAAGGUUGUUGAUUGGGUUUAAAUUUAGGAUCUUAACUGUUUUCUUUUCUUCCUAGCAGUAAUCUUCUAGGUAAGUACUGUUCAUUUUCUAUUUUAUUUAAGUUAUAACUCAACACAUUCUGUUAGAAAUAAAACACAAAGCCACGUUAGAUCACUAGUCUUUGACCCCUUCAGAAAAAACUCACAAGCUGUGCCGACAUUUUCUCAGCAAUGUUUAAGUGCUCCUAACUUUAGACGGCGUUUAUUAACGUUUUCACAAUAAUUUAUGCUGAAGAAUAAACGGGAAUUGUUAAAUCGAUCAGUUAAAGGAAAAGCCUGGUGGUAUUCUAUGUGUUUUGUUAUUCUUAAGAAAUGCAAGGAAAAGACCAAAACCAACAAUAGCCACGUUUCCAUUCACAUAUUUUUAUUGGCAUUUUGAAGUAUCGCAUUAGAAAAGCUGUACGAAAAACAGUUUUUAAUCUCGCUUGAGGCGUUUUUUUGCCUUCGCCGAAAGAGUUGAUGCACUAAAUGGAUGAUAGAAACGCCUUCGCCGAAUGAAACCUGACGUAGCGAACAUUUAACUCACUUGACCGAUCAGCUGUUUCUGCCGUCGGCGUCUUCUCAGAUAUUCCCAUAACGUGCUCGUCUUCGUCUCUGGACGACAUGAAACACGACCAAAACAAUUACAACUUGCCCAAUUGAAACAAAUUCCUGAAGACCUCUUCUUUACUCCUAGAUGGUUAGACGGCCAAGGCGACUUGUUUUGUUUCCGGUUCGUAACCUCUUCUUCUUCUUCUACUCUGUUUACUGGUAGAUUACAGCCAUACGUAGCCUACAGCGCCAACUUCUGACAAAACUACGCUGUAGCCGAGUUUAUUUCCUCCAAACGCCUAAUUCGAAUUUAUUUUUUUUGCGACAUUUCAAAAGUUUGCUUAAAAUUCGCCUGACGAUUGAUCGAAUGGAAACACGGCUAAUAUGUUAAGGGCCGUAUAUAUGCUGCGUCUUUUUCACGCUCACAUCCACCGUUGUCAAUGUAGGCGUGCUCAAACGUGAGAGCGAUGCCGUUGCGGUGCGCAAACAUUUCCAAAUGUUUAUUUUUCAGGCUGCGACGGCUGCGUCCCGAGAUGAAAAUAGUUUUGGGUGCACCGCAUGUCAUGUGACGAGGAACAACCAAUCACAUCCGGCAGAUACUGUAUCUUUUCUUUCUUCUGUUAAGUUAAUCAUUUUAGUUCAGGACUACCCAGAGCUUUAUGAUCUGUCCCACAAUUUAACUUAAUUCACCCUUUCUGACCGAGAACGUCGCAACAUCCAGUUGAAAGGUCAGCCAGAAUCACAGAGAGAGAUCGAGCAGUAAAGCGACUGUGAGGGAUUCACGGUGCUGGAAAUGCGUUUAUCUUUGUUUUGAUUGUGUUUAGUUUAGUCAGUGAGGCUUUUACUGCUAAACUACCGCAACUUCAUCAUCAUCGUCAUCGCAGCACGCAGGUUUUGGUUGCUCAGUAACGGCAGGAGCGUAACGUAAAUCUUUAAAGGAAUACUUUGACGUCUUGUGAAAUAUACUUUUUCACUUUCUUGCUGAGAGAUAGUUUAGAAGAUUGAGAGUCGAUCCAGCACCUGUAAACGGUAGUCAUUUGUGGACAACUCGUGUUGUUUUUACUGGAGGUUACUGUAGGUACGAGAUCAUUUCUUGGCCUGGAGCAGUGACAUCCUCGAGGUCCUCUGGUUUCCUGGCAACCUCACUGUGAUGAAGACUCCAGGUGCAUAUAGACAGGAGUUUAAUAACGAUCUUUUUAUCUAACGCUCAGCAAGUAAGCAAACACUUUGUUCCCUCAAACAUGUCAAAACUAUUCCUUUAAAAAACACCUAAAAAACACAUUUAAAAUAUGUUCUAUAAUCUCCUAAAACAGCUGGGCACUGUAGUUUUUAUUAAAUGUUACUGAAACGGGACUAAAUAGUGCUUUUGUUAGGGACUAUUUUCAGCGGCGGAUUAAUCCACGUUUGGUCCAAAUAAACUAGAAAGAGGGAAAAGAUAUCAGGCGUAGGAUCAGUUCGUUAUUGGUUUUGGUCUUUUCGUGUUAUUUGUUGACAAUUACAAUACAGAAUAUCACACAUUAUACUUUAACGUAGAUCUUUCCGCAGCAGAAUAUGAAUUGCCGUAUUCAUAAAGGGAAACAAAAUUGAGAAAUCUGAAGUGUUAUCAGGUCAUUUGUAUUCAUGAAUGCUCUUAUCGGCGCUGAGUUCUUCCAUGAACUAGUUUUCUGUGUGCUCUCCAUCGACGGCCUUAAGCACCGACUGCAUUUACCUUCACAACCAUCGUUUGAAUUAAACCUGCCGGUUGCUGUGUCUUCACCAGUGGAACCAUUUUGAUAAAACUACUUUCCAUCUUUUCUUUUGUUUUUUUUCACAAGAGUAAAUCUGAUAUUGUAUUUAUCAUGCUAUACUGCUGUUUGAUGCAAUAAAAAAAAAAAAAAAAAAAAAAAAGAGUCAUCUCAGUGCGGAUUGAGGUGGAAAU